GUAGCCAUCGCAAGCUUCAUUCGCCAAAGACCGAGUCGCGAUAGACAUUCCGCGGCAAUCAGGCAGCGCUUGCCCAAGUAGGAGUGAAAGGGAGCGGGGUUCGUGUCGGAUGAGGUAUCGCCGUUCUGGAUCUGAGCAGCGCUCAAACAAUAGUGCGUGAUUCGUAUAAACCAACAUUAAGCGUGAGCGAUGCCAUCUAAUAACGCAUGGUAAGUUACGAACAUUUACCGUUUCCGAAGUAAGUUACGCUACAGCGUGUGCCGAAUAGUAAAUGCGAAGAGUCUAGAUGAAAGUGACGCCUUCAAUCUGCCGCUUAGAAGUAGAAACGAUUUUCCUCACAACGAAACUGUUCCCUGCAGAGUUGCUGUUUAGGCGCAUCACUGCAUCCAGUUGGUGACUAACGAAUGCAGACAUUGCCCCGGAAUGUGGCUCUGGUACAGUCUGGUGCUGCUCGUAGUGGCUGCUGCCUUGUUACUUCUGUACCUUUACUCCGUCAACCAGCACUGGAGUAAACUGGGGAUCCCGCACCCCAAGCCGGAACUCUUCUUCGGAAACGCACGCCGCUUUUUUCUACUCAAGGAAUGCCUGCCAGAGGCAUUGGACAGGGUCUACCACCAGCUGGAGGGGCUGCCGUUUGGAGGGUUCUACCUCAUGAUGACGCCGUGUCUUGUCGUGAGGGACCUCGGCCUCAUCAACAGAAUAUUUGUUAGGGACUUUGGACAUUUCCAUGACAGGAUGAACUUCCCACAUUUCAAGAGGGACCCCAUGACGCACCACCUGUUCACGAUGGGCGGCUCCCUGUGCAAGGAGAUGCGUCUGCGCAUGUCACAAGUGUUCUCCGUGGGCCACACGCGCCGCGUCUUCUUCCUGGUGCAGGAGUGCUGCUCGUGCCUCCAGAAGUCCGUGGAUGCGGCCGUCCGGCGACAGCCUGGCUGCGAGGUGGAGCUCAAGCAGCUGCUGUCCACGUUCACCACUGACGUCAUCGGCGUGUGCGCCUUCGGCAUCGAGUGCGGUGCCAUUGAUGACGUCAACUCGCAGUUUCGUCGUAUCAGUAGCAUGGUUUUUGACACAUCGACCCCAGCUGCAUUUCGGCAAGUCGUCUUACAAACAUUACCAACUCUUGCACUGCUCCCCGGAAUGAGUUUCUUUUCCAAUCACGUAAGGGAAUUUUUCGACAGAAUUGCAACAGAAACCUACCAGUACAGAGAAAAACAUAAUGUUCUUCGCGAUGACGUGGUUCACUUGUUGAUGACGCUGAGACAGGAAGGGAAGCUAACUACAGAGGAAGGAGAAUGCAUAGAGAUCAGCGACAAGCUGAUGGCGGCGCACUUGCUUAUGACCUUCGCGCUCGGCUUGGAGAUGACUUCGACCACCAUGAGCUUCUGCCUGCACGAGUUGGCAAUAAACCCGGACGUGCAGACCAAGGCGCGAGUCGAGGUGGACGCAGUACUCAGCCGAAAUGGCGGAGAAAUGACGUACGAAGCCCUGCAGGAGAUGCGUUACCUGGACAUGGUGGUGGCAGAAACUCUGCGCCUGUACCCGCCGAUGGCCUACCUGAUGCGGCAGUGCACUGAGCCGUACCAGGUGCCGGGCAGCGAUCUGCGCCUGCGCGUUGGGGACGUGGUGUACGUGCCGCUGCUGUCGCUGCAUCGGGACCCGGCCCUCUUCCCUGAACCGCUGAGCUUCAACCCGGAGCGCUUCAGUGGCGGACACGCCCACCCAGCCUACCUGCCGUUUGGCGACGGGCCACGAAUCUGUCUCGGUCAAAAGUUCGGCCUGGUGGAGGUGAAGGCCUGUCUGGUGGCGCUGCUGUCGCGCUUCGAGUUCCGCCGCUGCUCGCGCUCUCUGGACAGCCCCGUGCCGCUGGAGCCUCGCAAGAUCAUCCUGGCCGCUACCGGCGGCCUCUACGUGCGGGUCACGCCCAGGGCCUGGCUGCCUCUUGCGUCGCUGGGACGGCGCGGCGGCGAGUUGGUGAGUGAGAGACUCAGACGUUGCCCCGCCAUGUGGCUGUGCUACAGUCUGGUGCUGCUCGCAGUGGCUGCCACGUUGUUGCUCCUCUACCUGUACUCCGUCAACCAGCACUGGAGGAAACUGGGGAUCGCGCACCCCAAGGCGCAGCUCUUCUUUGGAAACACCCGCCGCCUGUUCUUCCUCAAGGAAUGCCUCCCAGAGACGCUGGACCGGGUCUAUCACCAGCUGGAGGGACUGCCGUUCGGAGGCUUCUACCUCAUGACGAGGCCGUGUCUUCUUCUGAGGGACGUCAACCUCAUCAACAGAAUCUUUGUCGGAGACUUUGGACAUUUUCACGACAGGAUGAACUUCCCGCAAUACAAAAAGGACCCGAUGAUGCAACACUUGUGCACCAUGGGCGGCUCCAUGUGGAAGGAGAUGCGCCUCCGCAUGUCGCAGGUGUUUUCCGUGGGCCACACGCGCCGCGUCUUCUUCCUGGUGCAGGAGUGCUGCUCUCGCCUACAGAACUCCGUGGAGGCGGCCAUCCGGCGCCAGCCCGGCUGCGAAGUGGAGCUCAAGGAGCUGGUCUCCUCGUUCACCACUGACGUCAUCGGAGUGUACGCCUUCGGGAUCGAGUGUGGCGCAAUUGAUGACGCCAACUCGCAGUUCCGUCGCAUCAGCAGCAAGGUCUUUGACACUUCGGCCACUAAUGCGUUUCGGCAGAUUCUCCUCCUAAUUUUGCCAGCACUGACCGCUCUCCCCGGGAUGAGCUUCUUUUCGACGGCCGUGACGGAGUUCUUCGACAGAAUCUCAGCGGAAACUGUGCAGUACAGGGUGAAGAAUAAAGUACUCCGCGAUGACCUAGUUCACCUGAUGAUGACGCUGAAACAGAAAGGGCUCCUGGUCACGGAGGAAGGAGAGUCUAUAGAAAUCAGCGACAAGUUUAUGGCAGCGCAGCUGCACAUAGUGUUCGCACUCGGCUUCGAGAUGACUUCCACGGCGAUGAGCUUCUGCCUGCACGAGCUGGCCGUGAACCCAGGAGUGCAGACCAAGGCGCGAGUCGAGGUAGACGCAGUACUCAGCCGACACGGUGGCGAAAUCACGUACGAAGCACUCCAGGAGAUGCGGUACCUGGACAUGGUGGUUGCUGAGACUCUGCGCCUGUACCCACCACUGGGCUUCCUAAUGCGGCAGUGUACGGAGGAGCCGUACCAGGUGCCGGGCAGCGACCUGCGCCUGCGCGUGGGGGACGUGGUGUACGUGCCGCUGCUGUCGCUGCACCGCGACCCGCGCCUCUUCCCUGAGCCGCUGAGCUUCAACCCGGAGCGCUUCAGCGGCGGCCACGCCCGCCCAGCCUACCUGCCGUUUGGCGCCGGACCAAGAACCUGUCUCGGUCAGACGUUCUCUCUGGUCGAGGUAAAAGCUGGGCUGGCGGCUCUGCUGUCGCGCUUCGAGUUCUGGCGGUGCGCACGCUCAGCUGGCAGUCCAAUCCCGUUGGAGCCUCGCAAGAUCAUCCUGGCGGCAGCCAAUGGGCUGUAUGUCCGAGUCACACCCAGAGCGUGGCUGCCUGUCAACUGAGCGCCUGAAGAUAAGCAACAGUUCAGAAACGUUGCGCUGCUAUUUCGGGCAUCUCUGUUACGUCUGUCCUAGUAGUCGGUGGCAGGUGACACAUUUGUACCAUAACCAGGCUGUUACUGGCGCUUACAUAAUAAACUGAAGAUGUGUUAUAGCACAGGUAUAAGCUGUUAUGGCAUACCUGUCCCCCUAGAGUAAUUUGAGAUUGUACUAGCAUCACAGAGGGUGAAACUUACGUAUGUAGGUCCAUGAAGUGAGCGUCUCACAACGACAAAGCUGGAGAAAUGCGUAUGUCAAAAAAAUACAACAGCUGGUGCCACUCAGUGCUGUACUCUUUCUUGCUAAGUCCUUGCUAAUUCAACCUCACACUGGUUAUACACAUCAUGUUCCUGACACAGACAGCUCUACACACAGCUGCCGAAGAUGCUCUGGGGUAUGCAGCUGCUAUAAUGCAAGUGAUAAGUCGGCUCCUACUCUUGCAGUGCCCCAGAUCCAGCUGAGUGGCAUGAGAUAAUUCCUCUUCACUCACCCUCAGUUAUGCAACUGAAGGUAAGUGUCUGUGCAGAAACUUUAAGUCUGGUGUUGUGAUAAAUCAUCUGGAAACACCGCCACACAGCAGCUGCACGGGCUUUUCGCCAUAGCAGAUGGAGGCUGGACAUUGUGAAACAUCUUGAGUACAUUUGCCUGUCAAACGAAGAGAUGCAGACUUUCCGGACUUCAGAAAUGGUGAACUGAUGUUCUGUUCCUGGUCUCCUGACAACAAUUCAGCAGGCGUAAAGCUCAUUUUAUGGAAUGUCUACAGACCUGUCUCAUAGACUCACAUGAAAUGGGCCUCGUCAUAAAUGAACACUGUAGUGCAGGUAUCUAUUAUAGAUCAGUCCUGAUAUUCUUGUCUUAUGCAAAUAUAACUGAAUGGGGAUCCUCUGUUAAAGAUUUUAUCUUUCGUUUAUGCAUUUAGGAGGAUCUGACGGUAGCACAAGGGUCUUGCUUGUUUCAGUUAUGCGAAUUCUGUCCACUGAUAUGUUAGUUAUACUUCAGUUCAAAAGUGGCUUAAUUAUAUAUGGAUAUAGUAUCCGUGCACUCAUAUUAGAAAGUUGUAUCCUGACACAAUAAAUCUGCCGCAAUACAGCUGAAAGAGUAGACGAAAUAGUCAAAUGGAUGAGAGAUAAUUAUAUUUUAAAGUUGUGAGACAUUACUUCGUUCAAAGGGCAUUUUCAGAUACAAUUUACUCUUCUAAUAGUUGUUGUAAUUUUCCAAGUUGUAAAUAAGAAAUUACAUUAUUUGUAUGCUGUGUUUUAUACUGAUUAUAUGUAACCAUGGUUUUACAA